UCUUCAGAGCGAAAAACAAACGUGAAUCCUACGUGACUGAAGCUCAGAACAGUUACUGUCGUAGCUGAAAUGCUCAGUGAUUGUUGCUUGUUUCCGUAUCUCCGAGGACGGAAAUCUGAACCAGAUGACGAGGGAGUUGAUCUUGAUCCUGUGCUUCUCAUCUCCGGUAUCGGUGGUUCGAUUCUACAUUCGAAGAAUAAGAAGUUCUCGUAUGAAAUUAGGGUUUGGGUUCGGAUACUGUUAGCUGAUUUGGAGUUCAAGAGGAAGAUCUGGUCUAUCUAUAAUCCCGAUACAGGUUAUACAGAGGCAUUGGAUGACGGGACUGAAAUUGUGGUACCUGAUGAUGACUAUGGACUGUAUGCGAUUGAUAUCUUAGACCCCUCAUGGUGGGCCAAACUUUUUCAAUUUACAGAUGUAUAUCAGUUUCAUGAUUUGAUUGAUAUGCUUAUUGGAUGUGGGUACAAGAAAGGGAGCACAUUGUUUGGACAUGGUUAUGAUUUCCGGCAAAGCAAUAGAAUUGACAAAGCAAUGGAUGGUCUAAAAGCAAAACUGGCCACUGUCUACAAGGCUUCGGGAGGGCGAAAAGUGAAUAUCAUUUCACAUUCAAUGGGUGGAUUGCUUGUGUCAUGCUUCCUGUCGCUCCAUAACGAUGUUUUUGAAAAGUAUGUAACGAAGUGGAUUUGCAUUGCAUGUCCAUUUCAAGGUGCACCAGGAUGCAUCAAUGAUUCUCUAUUGACAGGAUUGCAGUUUGUUUAUGGCUUUGCAAGCUACUUCUUUGUAUCCCGAUGGACAAUGCAUCAGCUGCUGAUUGAAUGCCCCUCUAUAUAUGAGAUGUUGUCGAAUCCAGGUUUCAAGUGGAAACAGGAUCCUCUGAUUCAAGUUUGGAGAAAGCAAUCUGAAGGCAAGGCAGAUGCUUCAGUCCAGCUGGAAUCUUAUGGCCCUAGUGAAUGCAUUUCUUUGUUUGAAGGAGCAUUGAGACAUAAUGAGUUGCAUUAUGGUGGAAAGUCAGUAGCUCUACCAUUCAAUUUCAAUAUACUUAAAUGGGCUUCAGGGACACAUGAAGUUCUCAACAGAACUCGACUUCCAAAUGGUGUCAGCUUCUAUAACAUCUAUGGAACAUCAUUUGGCACACCUUUUGAUGUUUGCUAUGGUUCAGAAACAUCUCCCAUUGAGGACUUGUCUAAAAUAUGUCACUCAUUGCCCAAGUAUUCUUAUGUGGAUGGAGAUGGGACUGUGCCUACUGAAUCAGCUAAGGCUGAUAGUUUUGCAGCAGUAGAAAGGGUAGGAUUUGCUGCUGAUCAUCGAGGACUGUUACGUGAUAAAGAAGUAUUUCGGCAAAUUCAGAAGUGGUUGGAUGUAACCGAAAAAUUGGUCAAUAGUGCAAAGACUUCCAGGGUAAUGGAUGAAUUUUCAAACGUAGGUGCUUGUUUACAGAGACAGUGAUAUACAUCACCUCAUUCAAAAAAGGUUGGGAGUCGACAAGAUUUCACACCGAAGACUUCCAUAUUUUGAGUUUUCAAAUGA